AUGAUCUCGGGAUUGGGGCCGCUUAAAAAGCGAUUUGACUUUGACGAAGAAAAGGAUGUUUUGGGCACGGGGAACUUCGGCACUGUCUACAGAGCCUUUGACUACAACACAAAGAAGAUGGUGGCACUGAAAAUUAUGGAAAAAGGGAAGAGGCUGGAGACGAAUUGCAAAAGCAAGUUGUUUGGCUAUUUUCUUUGGAUUUUAGGUGAAUGCAAGCAGAAUUUGGAUAGUUUGGGCGUUUUUUAGCAGUCGUAAGCUGUGCCAUAAGUUUUUCGAGCUAUUUUCUAUUGAUUGAGACGUUUUUUCUUUGAUUUUUCGAGAGCGUUUGCAAAAAUUGUAUUGUUUUAGGUAACGGAUUUUGUAAUUUUUCUUUUGAAGUGGUAUUUCACAAGAUUUGUGAACCAAUCACAGAAAUCCUAUCUUUAGAUUAUUUAUCUUGUCUUUAUUUAUGUCUUUACAACACCUUCUUCUGUUUCAGACGAGCACAAGCUUCUCCAACAGCUUCACCAUCCCUUUAUUAUACGGUUGAAUUGCGUCAUAGAUGAGGCAAAAUAUAUGGUUAUGGUGCUUGAACUGGCAUGGGGAGGAAGUUUAGGGUCAGAGCUGAAGGAGAGAUCAGCUUUGCACAAAAAAUUUAAGAAGAAAACAAAAGGGGAAAUAAAUGGAGAGAUGGAGAAGGUUUACAUGGAUUUUGAUCGGUUGUCCAUGAUUUUUAUGCAGGUACUUAUGUUCGAUUCAAGUCUGUACUUAUUGCUACCUGAUUAGCCUGAAGUUUUUUUGUUUUAUUUUGGGCUUGAAUAUUAUAAAACAGCUGAUGUUACACUUGAUAUAACUUUCUGAAAACUAAUUUAUUGUCAUGUAAUAUUCGGUUUAUAGUUUGUUAAUUAUCUACAUUUUCAAUUCUAGAUAGUCUCGGCUGUUUCCUACAUCCAUUCAAAAAGAUUUAUCCAUCGCGACAUCAAGCCCCAAAACAUUCUUUUUAUGGACCGGGAUCAACGAUUUGUCAAGUUGGGAGAUUUUGGGACGUGCUGUCGACAAGAGGACUCCAAAGCCAAGAAAUUGUUGAUAGGAACGCCAGCCUACAUGGCUCCGGAUGGGUUCUGUGGUAAGUUAUUUACAUUAUACUUGAAUUUUUGAUGUUUAGAUGGAAAAAUGAAGUUAGAGGCGCAAUUUAAUAGAUAGAAUUGGUAAAAUACGCUGUCAUUAGUGUCGGCGGUAUAUUGUUUGUCCGAUUCUCGCAAAAAUAGUUCACGUUUUUUGGGUUUUUUCUUAUUAAUAGGGAGAGGAUCUAAAAUAAGGUAAUUCUUGAUGGUUUCAGGCGAAAUUACGACGGCAUUCGAUUGCUGGUCUCUUGGUAUUGUCCUCUACGAGAUGAUUGAGCUUCGGACCCCAUUUGAAGGCGUCACCCACACAGAUUAUUGGAGAGUCGACAACUUAAAUGUGAGUGAAAUUGGGUUCAAAAAUAAUUUUAGAAUUAAGAACAUGUGCAGGUAAAAUACGAUCCAUGUAUCCUAAGUUUAUUUUCAUUGAGGCUGCUUAAAAUAGGUGAAAAGUGGCAAAAAUUUUUAUAUUAUAAUAGGUCUAAAAUUUAAUUUUUAAAAUUUCAGAUCGAAUAUCGGCACUAUCGCGAAGACACCCCCGAACUAUUGAAACAGCUUGUAUCCAGGCUAGUCUGUGAAGUUGAAAACCGAUUAUUUAGUCAUCGUAAGUCAGAAUUUUAUAUUAUACUUGAUGUUAUCCUUAAAUUUAUUGACUUUAAUUGUAAUACUCAGUUAUUUAAAACUAGUAUAUGCUCAUAAUUUCGUUUUAGACAUCCCUCAGCACCCAUUCAUGCAACGUUUUGCAAAGGAACUCCAGCUUUUGACAAUUUGA